GGGGCAGCGGCCAAGUUGGAGGCCUCCUCGUAUGACCUGGUGGUCACCGCCAUGACGGGCGCAGCUACUGCCCGCCUCAUCGCCAACAGCAACAUCACGGGCAGCAACAGCAGCAGCAUCAUAAGUAGCAGCAACCGUGGUGGUAGCAGUGAAGGCGCCAGCACCGGCAGCAGCACCGGCAGCAGCACCGGCAGCAGCACCGGCAGCAGCAGCAGCAGCAGCAGCAGCACCGGCAGCAGCAGCAGCACCGGCAGCAGCAGCAGCAGCAGCAGCAGCAGCAGCGCCCCCGUGGCUCCCGAAGUGGUGUCGGCCGCCGCUGACAUCCGCUCCAACACCUGCUGGGUGCUCAUGCUGGCGCUCAACAUGCGCAUG